AUGUCAUCUACACACACCGCUAUCGCAACUGUUUCCAAAGGUCACUUUGAUGCGAUUCAGGUUCCUACCGAAUUACCGGGGGAUGGAGAGGUGCUCAUCAAAGUCGAGUACGGCUCAAUGAUCGCCUUUGAUACCUAUGUCACCGACCGCGGAUUCUACGUUCAACAGUACCCAUUGGUUCUUGGAUUUAGUGGAGCUGGAACUGUAGCCAAGUUGGGUGCUGGCGUACAAGGUUUGAAGAUCGGCGAUCGGGUCACUGCGUUUGGCUAUGGGGCCUCACGAAACAAAUCUCUUCAAGAAUAUUCGAUACAACCAGUGGAAGUGGUUGGAAAGAUCCCAGACAGCCUUUCUCUCGCCGAAGCAUCAACCAUCCCGGAUAAUUUUGUAACGGCUUUUUACACGCUGUUUAACCAACUUGGUCUGCCACACCCAGAUUCUUUCCCAGCAACAGUCUCCCCACCUCUCGCUGACACUCCCAUUCUUAUCUAUGGUGCCGGUUCCACUGCUGGGAUAUAUGCCAUCCAGCUUCUGAAUUUGGCUGGAUAUAAACAAAUUAUUGCCACCGCUUCAAAGAAGCAUCACGAGUACCUUCGAUCUUUAGGAGCCACUCAUACCUUUGACUACAACAGUCCCGCACUCGUGGAAGAUGUGGGUAAAGUUGUAGGUGGAGAUGGCAAAGUAACGUUGAUCCUUGAUUGCAUCACCGCCGAGUCAACUGUAGAAUUGCUUUCAAAAAUUGCCAGUCCACAUGGAAAAGUUGCGCUCCUUCUCCCUGUCAAACAAGGCAAUACCGUCACGAAUGACAAGAAUCACGCACUGUGGAUUGACUAUACUGCCGAGCAAAGCCCUUUUGUUAAAGGGACGACCGUUAUAGGGGUAAAAACCUUCAACUAUAGACAGGAUGAAUAUCUUAGCAAGAACCUGAUGCCAAAAAUACUUCCAUCGUUGCUCCAGUCUGGAUCAAUUAAACCUAGUCGUGUGCGCUUAUUGGACCAGGGAUCUCUCAAGGAACGGGUUGAAGAGGGUUUGGAGCUCCUCAGGAAUAACAAGAUUAGUGGUGAGAAGGUGGUUGUGAAGAUCCAGCCAUAA